UCAGAAUGUUUGCCGGAAAUGACGUACAAUUUCGAUGACGUUUGCAUAGCGCUAAGGAAAUUCUUCCCAUUUCGUUUCCAAUCGUGAAACGUGCGUGUCUUACAAUUCGGCGUGUCCCCCGUUUCGUGUCGUGAGAGACUUAAAAAAUGCGUUACGUGGCCGCUUACCUCUUAGCAGUCCUGGGUGGCAAGGCAUCGCCAUCCCAAGGUGACAUCGAAAAGAUCUUGUCCUCUGUCGGAAUUGAAGCUGACGCUGAGAAACUGAAGAAAGUAAUUGCUGAACUCAAUGGAAAGCCCAUCGAUGAACUGAUUGCACAAGGCCGAGAGAAACUUUCUUCCAUGCCAGUUGGAGGAGGUGCUGCUGCACCAGCUGCGGCUGCAGCUGGAGCUGCACCUGCUGAAGAGAAGAAGGAAGAGAAAAAGGCCGAGAAGAAAGAAGAAUCUGAGUCUGAAGACGACGACAUGGGAUUCGGACUUUUCGACUGAACAAUUCAUCAAAGUCGCGGAAACGGACAAGAGUUUAUUCUGCAGCAGAAAAGUUCGCAUACAUAUAUGUAUACUUGCGAACAAGUAUACACAGAAGUACAAAUUAUAUUAUUUGUAUAUUUUACACAUAUGUGACUCCUGCUGAAGAAUAAAUGAUUUUAAGUUUUAA